UAUUGGCGGUCCGUUACUGGGAGCGGAUACGUGCUUGGCUACCUCUAGUAUGGACUGGAUAGUUUGGUCUGUGGACGGAGAGCCUGCAGGUUGCCCAUUUGCUAGAGAUGCAUGAUGAUUCGAGACAAGCAAGCUCAGGUCUGGCUGCUGUGGGGUAGCCGAACGCGAUAAGUCCUGAUGUAUUGGGGGGACGAGGUGGUCCUGAGGACCCGCAGUGGUGACCGAGGCCAUCUGGAGGUGAAGGGGAUCCGAAGCAAACGGCAGGAUAGUUCGCAUAACGGACUUGGUCUAUAGAGACCCAACUGAAGCUGUGGGAAAUGUCGACUGUGGGAGUGGGAAGAAAACGAAUUUUUACCCACGCGCCUUUGUUAUAUAGCGACCGCCGUGACCCCGUGGGCUACCCCGGCCACCCUGCCCCGGGGUCCUGCACACCCGGCAUCCACGGCAUCCAUGUCCCAAUGCCUUCAUUUGUCCUUGCUACAACCCCAAAUCCAAAAUAUCAAUGGCCAUCCGCAUGCCGCGAUAAACCAGCGAGCCCGCGUUCCCGUAUUCCAGAACAUUAUCACCCUCUUCGGUCCGUACAGAGAAUAGCCCGCCCUCUGGAAAACGUGUACGCACGUCAUCAGUCUCGUGAGCGCAUGGGGUGCUGUAUGUCUUCCUGAGUGUCGAGAGCACAUGGAAUAGACUC